UGCCAGGAGGAAUCAACGAGCGAAGUUCACUGGGACAGUCACCACGGCAGUCGCUACGACCAGGUUCCUGUGUGUUCUGCAACAUCAGCCACGGUCUAUCCACUGCUCGAUGAAGGCCUCCCCACGCCGUCUCCACUCCCCAGGGCCCAGUGCUGAUCUCGCCCAUCUCACUCCUGCCGCGGGAGCCGAUUUCACCGCUCCAUCUCCGGCAGGCGGCGCUCCCCUAUUGCGCGUUCCCCUCCCUCCCCUUGUGGCUGUCAUUCCCCCACCAGUCUCGACCACCGCACAUCGACCGUUCUCCCCCAUGUGGCCGUGACGCAUCCUGCCCAAGCUCGCCCCCUCUUCUCCCUCGCGGUGACGUGGUGCCGUGACGCCGCCGAUUGAGGAGCGACCGGAGCGAUGGCGGAUGACCGCAAGCCGCUGAUGGUGGGGGGCGAAGGUGGGGGGCCCCCGGCGUACGGGGCGCAGGGGCAAGGGCCCCCUGGUUACGGGGCCAUCCCGCCUCCGGGGGGCUACCCCUACCCCCAGCCCUACCCCCCAGGUUACCCUGGCGGGUCGGACGGGGCCUACCCUGCCGGACCCCCUGGCAAUUACCCCCCCGGGCCCCCAGGCCACUAUCUGCCUGGGCCACCGGGGUCCUACCCACCUGGGCCCCCAUGUCCGGGCCCCUACCACCCCCCUGGGGCUGGUCCCUACCCCGUGAUCAUCAGUCAGCAGGCCCAGGGUGUGACCUCUGUGCUGGUCGUGGGUGGUUGCCCCACGUGUAGGGUCGGAGUUCUGGAAGACGACUACUCCGUGUGUGGCAUCAUCCUCGCCAUCCUCUUCUUCCCCAUCGGCAUCCUCUGCUGCCUCCUCAUGCGCCGGCGACGCUGCCCCAACUGCCACGCCUCCUUCGAGUAGCGACGGGGGGGGGGGC